AUGGUUGUUGGUAAAACAAGGAACUCUUACGCCGUACUGGAAGAAGAUAACCCCACUGUUGAGCAACAGCAAGAUGGAGAGAGUAAGCGUAAAGAAGAGGAACUACCUAAUGAAACCAAGGACGCUUUCAAUGCAGAGGAACAGGAAAAUAUAGAUUCGGGCAAAAAUACGCCAGAAAAUUCGAAAAAUCAUAAUCCAGAGAGUCCAACAGCUACGGAUGAGUCCUCAACGACUGACAAAGAACCUGAAUCGAUACCGUUAGACUGUUCAAAGGAUUCGGAAUUUGAAAAAAACAGCAUACCUGAUUCUCAACAAAGGAACGAAUCGCUGGAGGAUGCUUCAGUAGAGAUGGACUCUACGGAUGAGGUCUCCGGUCGAAACGAUGACGAUUUGAGAGACUCUAGUGUGGAUCCUGCAAUGGUACACACCGCUAUUACAGAGAAAGAUAACCCAUUUAUGCAAGUGCCGAACGAUGAGAGUGGUGGAAUUAUUCUUGAGAGCAGUCAACCGAAUUCAAAACUGAUGGUAAAUCCAAACGAUGCGUAUGAGGAUGAUAUUGAUGACCUCUUGCCAUUAAAACACGGCUCGGCUGGAAACAAUCACAAUAGCAGUGGUGAAGAUAGCAUAGACGUAAGACGACAUUCGUCCGCUGGUACGAUACAACAUAAGGGCGGCACUGGAGAGUACUCUAAUACUGACAAAGUUCAAAUUUUGGAGGCAAACAAACUAUCAGAGGGUCAAGGAAGAACUUAUAUUGGUUACACGAUCAAGUACAAGGGCAACAUGGUACGGAGGCGAUACAGCGAUUUCGAGAGUCUUAGGAACGUGUUGGUAAAGCUUUUCCCCAUGAGUUUGAUACCACCAAUUCCUGAGAAGCAGAGCAUCAAGACUUAUGGAAAAGCCAUAGCAACAUCGAAACCAAGUUACCUGCUACCUUCGGAAGGGACGGGGUCAGUGGAUUUGUCCCUGUCAGUGAUAAAUGGAUCUGUGAACAAUAGCGACGAAAGAUUGAUACGGCAUAGAAUAAGAAUGUUAACAGGCUUUUUGAAUAAGCUUUUACAAAAUGCAGAAAUUACAAGGACUUCAAUAAUAAGUGACUUUUUGGAUCCCAAUAACUCAAACUGGAGUGAUUUUAUUGCAAGUUCUGCAACUUUUUCUUCGUUACCCAAAAGUCCAUUACAAUGUAAUCCAUUGGAUCCCACAACUACGACCAGAAUACACGCAUGUUUACCAAUUCCGUAUUCAGCAUCACAAUCAUUAUUACAUAAGGAUGGUCCAGCACCAUCCGCCGAGACUAAGGAUGGAUUUCAAGGGAUUGAAAAGGACUAUAAAAGAUACGAAAGUAUCUUAAGUGACGGUUUUUACAAGUACAGCAGAAGAAUUACAAAGAACAUGUACGAUUUGAAACACUCUAUGAAAGAUUUGAGUGAAGCAUACGCUCAGUUCGCAUCGAAUCAAGGCCAGGGAGCAGAUUUAGCCGAAGACUUCUCCCAUAUAAGUGAUGCGUUUGAUGAAUCCGCCGUACAGCUCGAAAGUACUGUGGGAAGAUUUUACUACAAUGUGAAUGAGCCCCUGAGUGAAUGCGUGCAUAUGGCUGGAUCUGCCAGAGAUUUGAUAAAAUUUCGUAAGUUGAAACGCAUUCAGUUGGAGAUGAUUAAAAAGGCUUUGGCGAGUAAGAAAAGUCAAUUAGAGAAAUUAGAAGAGCAUGAGAAAGAACUUCAGAAAAUCGACGCGGAUAUUGAUCAAGAGAUGAGUAAGAGUCAACGAGUCAAUUUACAGCAUCCUCAACCGAAGACUUACAGUGGUAGGCUUUUGAAUAAAUUUAACAAAUUGGCAAGCAUGGUGAAGGAAACGGUUAAUUACCAGGAUCCCGACCUUGAGACGAGUAUGUCAACUUUAAAAACAGAGAUUCAACAGCUGGAAGAGUCUCUUGAAGUAGCAGAGAGUGACAUGAAAGUUAUCACUACUGUCAUCCGAGAUCAAAAGCUCAAAGAGUUUUCCCAGGAGCGUGAGGAAGAACUCUCUGAGAUUCUAAGAAAUUACUCCAAAUAUUUGAGGGAAUAUGCCCAAAGGAAUCUUGAAAUAUGGCGUGAGGUUAAAUCGACUCAAACUUAG